AUGCAGGGAGUCCGGCUACGGCAAACGAAGGCCUUUCUUCGGGACUUACGCAUGCCUCUUAAGGCCGGAAUACAGGGGUCCGGCUACGCGCCGUCCUCGCGGAGGACGAAUCGAGUCGUCGAGGGCUUAGUCUCAAUAGAUCGCAGUGUGGUGGCUGCUCUACGGCACGAUACCCCGAGCCUGAAUUCAAGUGGUCUACGAGCGAUCCCCUUCGUCUCCACGCUCCACGGGGUUCGAAAAUCGUCGGCGACGGCAAAAUCCUUCCGCCUGUCGCGGAUAUCAAAUCAGGUGGCUGAUGCGCAGACGCCACAUUCAAGGGCGACAACAGCCGAAGUAGCGGACGCGCACGGCAACGACGGCGCCACCGACGCGGACCACGACGUCCAACCGCCCCCUAGCGACAACGACGCCCGUAUGGCAGGCUCCAGCGGAACGAAAAGAGACGCCUUCUCAGUUUUCGCGCGGAGGCAGCGUCGCACCGCCGCUCGUUCGAGCGAGCACGCGAACCGUUGCUCCGAUCCCGCGGUUCCUCUCGUACUGGACGGGAUAGCCGUGGCCACGGCCGACGUAACACGCGUGCCGAUCGAGCUGACAUCCGGAAAGGAUCAAAAAGCGACGUCGCUACGAACGCUUGGCCGCCACAAGCCAGUUAUCACUGUGGUAACUUUUCGACACCUCUCGCGGAACGGAGCUCUCCGCUCGGAAAGGAUCGAUGGGCCACGCUUUCGCGGUCCGUAUUCACCGAAAAUCGACGGCCCGCUGAGCUCGCCUUUAGACACCUGGUGUUACUGCUUGACAGACGUGGCUCGCCCCAGUCAAACUUCCCCCGCCCGGCACGGUCCCUGGCGAAGGGUCGAGCGCGGGCUCCAAUCGGCGGGAGCCCGCGCCUUGGCGCUAGUGCGCGGGCUGCUGAGCGACCCGUCCCCUUUCACCGGGUUCGACGACACCGAACGACGCCGGUCACGGCGAAGGCCGGAAACCGGGACGAAUGAAACGCCAGCACACCGGAGGAGGCGGAGGCCCCGCCCGACGGAGAAGAAAACGGAAGCAGGAGGCGAAGAGGAACGACGACGACGAGAGGCGAAACCCCCCACCACCGGCCGCAAACCCAAAGUCCCCGACCGCAUCCGCUACCGCCAAACGAAACUGACCCCUACGGCAACUGACGGCUGCCGCCCGGCCCCUGAUCAACGCGCUCCCAACGCCGACAAAGGCGUGUCUCCCGCCUAUGCUACACCUCCCGUGUCUCCUCACAGAGUCGGACUAGAGUCAAGCUCAACAGGGUCUUCUUUCCCCGCCGGAUCGUUCCAAGCCCGUUCCCUUGGCUGUGGUUUCGCUAGAUAG